AUGUCGGGGAUUAGGCUGAAGAUUACAAGGAAGAAGACAGGAGGAGCAGGAGGAGCAGGAGGAGCAGGAGGGGCAGGAGAGAGCUCGAUCAUAUGGAAGUUCCCCUUCAGCAUCGGGAGAGGAAGAGACAACAACAUGAAGGUAGCAGACAGCAAGAUCAGUAGCAAGCACUGCAUCAUACACAUGAAAAAAGUGGAAGGAGAUGAACAUCUUAUCCUCGAGGACCUCAGCACGUACGGGACUUACAUCAAUGGCGUGAAAGUUGCUGGACUCACGAGAAUUCCUGAGCAAUGUGAGCUUGCGCUGACCAUGGAUCACGUAUUCAAGCUGCAAUGCAUUCGAGGCCCGCUAGUCGUAAAGGAGGAAGAGGAGGAGAAGGAGAAGACGCCAGAGAGGAGAGAGGAUGAAGGGAUCUUGACACCUUGGGGGGUGAAGCUGAGGAGGAGUCACUCGCAGAAGGUUGACUAUGACAAUCUGAAUGACUCGAGGUCAAGUGCCAUAAGUGGACGGGAAGAACGGGAGGACGUGGAGGACGACGCGGAGGAGGUGGCGCAGCAGGAAGCGCCCCCCAAUGUCCUGGAGAGCUUGCGACAAAACGUGCGCAGCCAUGGCGAGGGCCUUCGGCUCAGCCUCGGGUCCCGCGACAGCACGAUUAGGGAGACGAUCAACCCGGGAGAUUUCUACCCGUCCCCUCCCUCCAUGCCCCUCCUAACAGCGAUGGAAACUACCCCUGAAGCCAACAGCACCCGGCAGACACCAAAACUUCCAUCUGCAAACACGUUGGCAAGUUGGACUCCCAGCAAGGGACCGUCUGCGAUACAGCUCGCCAUUCGUGAGGCAGCAAGUCAGGGCACGGAAGCUGAAGACUCCAACUCCAUGGAGUCAAACUCCGUCUCCUCCUCCUCCUUGCAAGGAAAGUCCGGCAACAGCGCCUGGAGUGAUCCGAUAGGAGGGAGCGUCUCCAAACCAGGGCACAAACAAAUCAUGAAGGCCCUUCAGGGCAUCCCAGGAAGAGCAGUUCACUUCCACGAGGACGAGGACGAGAUGGGCUGGGAGACGGCGAAGGCGAGGCUUCGGGCGUCUGUAGCGGCGGACGGGUAUGAGAGCAACAACUCCAACAGAAUCUCUAUGCCACCAUUCUUGCGAGAAGACGGGACCAUCGCCCCCAAGUACGUCCACGGGAACAUCUCGACUGCCGAACUCGACAUGGUGCGGCAACGGGCGGCGCAGGCGCUGGCGCAGAGGAGGAUUCUGAAGCAGGGGAUCUGCAAGAGGAAGCACAAGCGCACGUUCCUCCCCUCGUGGGCCAACUCCUACACGCUGACCCUCACGACCGGGCAGCUCAUCCUAGCGCCCAACUCGCGGCGGGGAGCUAAGGGGAUCACCCUCGACCUGCGAGCAUGGGACGUGUCGCUGUCGGAGAAGGGAGGAAACCGGUUCGACCUCGUGCACCGCGGCGCCGAAUACUUCGAGGUCCAGCGACCGCCGCAGGAGAGCGGGCCAGUCAUCUACCUCAAGGCUAGCAACAACGACGAGUGCCGGUCCUGGUAUGCUGUGCUGAGCGAGCAGUGUAUCAACGCGCAAUGCUCCAUGGUGGAGGAAGCGUUCUCAAGCAUGGUGGCGGAGGAGGAGGAGGAGGCUGGUCCGGACGUCUCUCGGUUGUCGUUCAGAGAGGCCCAUCAGUCAUAUCAAGAGGAUGCGUUGACAUCGUUAGGAGACGCCUUCGGAGAGAGAGAUCGGAGAUUUGAAGCAUGA